GUCCCACAUUUUUAGUGUAGGAAGUUUACAAAAGUUUUGGUGAAAGUGUGAUUCAAAAACAGCUGAUCCAACACAAACAUGACAUGACCGCACAGAAAAACAGCUCAAAUAACAACUGCUAUUAUAGAAAAAGAGAAUGACAUUCCCCCAAAAGAUUAUAAGAACAAACUAGGGCUCAAUUCGGUACCUCCGGCGUGUUAACUUUUGCUUUAAAAUAUAAAUUAAAUAAAUAAGGGAGCGCGCACACAUCGGAUCUCGAUGAAUGAAAUAGUAAGGCUUAAACUUUAUCCUAUCAUACACUGUGUAAUUUGUUGAGAACAAAAUGAUGUAAUAAUGGUCAGUGGAAACCAAAAUUAUUAACCCCUUGAGCGCUGGAUUUUUUUUUACAGGACUCUGAAAAACUAAAUACAGCCUUAGUGCCUCCACAUGAAUUACAAGGAUAACUCGCAGCUAGGUGGUGCUAGUCAAAUGCAAAUGCACACUCACUGAUUAUCAGCAAGUGUGAGCAGUGUGAGCCCUAUAGGCUUCAGUUUACAUGUUAAAUGUUAAAGUUCAUGUCAGUAUAAUUAGAAAAAAAUAAGCAAAUAUGUCUUGUUUGGAAAGGGUCUCAGGAGCCUCUUCUCUCUCUCUAAAAAACAAACAAACAAACAAAAAAAAAAACAUGGCAUGUGGAACUAUGUCCUUCAUACAGAUCAGACCAACGUGGAGAUGUUUGGCAAAAAACAAACAGCAUAUCAUCACAAACGCCCCAUACCAGCUAUCAAGGCACAGGACUUGGGAACCUUGCAGGCACUGAUUCAGCCAUGAGCUCCUCUGUAUACCAAAGUCAAAUGAAUUGGUUAUGCUGAUUUGGAGAAUCGUGUCCCAUGCACGCCAGAAACAGUGAUGAGAAUCGCCAGCGUCAGUAAGCCCCUCACCUCUGCAGCUGCUGCACGACUGUGCGAGGAGGGGAAACUAGAUCUUGAUGCCCCAGUCCAGAAAUAUGUCCCAGAGUUUCCCCAAAAACAGUUUGAUGGGCAAGACGUCACAAUAACCUCACGUAUGCUUCUGUCCCACCUGAGUGGCAUUCGGCAUUACGAGAAAGAUGCAAAGAAAGUGAUGGAGGACAAGGAGAAAGCCAAGCGACUUUUAAAGCCCCCGGUUAAAGAAAAAGAGAAUGAAAAGAGCUCAUCUGAAAGUAAAAACAACAAAGCCGCAACAGAUCAGAACACCAAGAAGAAAAAAGAGUUUGAGCACGAGGAGUACUACUUAAAGGACAACUUUGAAAGUGUCAUUCAGUCUUUGGACCUUUUUAAGAAUGACCCCCUUAUUUUCAAACCUGGCACAACCUUUCUGUACUCCACUCAUGCCUUCACGCUGCUUAGUGCUGUUGUGGAGCGGGCUGCUGGUCGGCGAUUCCUGGACGUCAUGACGGAUAUGUUCCGCGAGCUGGGAAUGCUCAAUACAGUGCCUGAUGAGAAUGACCCUAUUAUUUACAACCGCUCUAGGUUUUAUCAUCACAACAAGCGCGGACGUGUUGUGAAUUGCCCGUACGUAGACAACUCCUACAAGUGGGCAGGAGGCGGUUUUCUUUCCACUGUGGGAAACCUGCUGCUCUUUGGAAAUGCUCUGCUUUACAGCUACCAGGUGGCUCACUUUCAGGAUACUAACGGCUUACUUCCUGGAUUUCUCAAACCCAAAACAGCGAUAGAGCUUUGGGCACCAGUUGAUGGGACUGAAGCCAGCUGGGAUAAGGAUGGACUGUAUGCUCAAGGCUGGUUGGUAGUGGAGAAGGUGCAAAAAUAUGGCCAGUGCAGGAAGCGCAGACACUAUGUAUCACACACAGGAGGUGCUGUGGGCGCUAGCAGUGUCCUCCUGGUGUUACCCAGCGAAGAGAUUGACCAGUGCCAAGGACAGACCCCGAUCCUCCCACAGGGGGUGGUGGUCACCAUCAUUGCUAACAUGCAGUCCGUGGGACUCAACAACACUGCACUGAAAAUUGCGAAGGAGUUUGACAAUGCCAGAAGGAAGUAAAACUGUUUACACAAGUGUGUGAGUUUACCUGCAAGCAAACUUUGUGAUCUUGUGUCAUUUUGAUAGAGCUUUUCAAUGUGUCUGAACUUUAAGGAAAUAAAAUUAGUCUUAAGUAUGCAUUUAUA